AUGAGAAAAAAGGCGUCUGAUCCGAAGACUUUCUGGGGGCCGGUGCCUGAUCGCGAUGCUAUCCUGAAUCUAGAGCCAGUUAUACUUUUAGAAGACGCCGAAGACUAUUUCGGCCGUGACUACCAUGGCGACUCCUUCGAUGAACGGCUGUGCCAGAUUUACACCAUGCCGGAGAGUGAAGCGCGUGAAGUGAUUGACCAGCUAGUGAGAGUUUGGGGUCACCAGUUGCGUCUUCCUCAUGUAGAUGAUGCGAUUGAUACGGUCCCAGAUGACUUCAAUUACGAACGGGUUUAG